ACACACUACCAAGUCAUACAUCCAUCUCCAUUUCUGAUCAAACCACCAAACCAAACAAACAAGUAGUUUAUCUUAUAUAAAUUAUAUAUAUCAACCAGUCAAUCAAAUAAUUUAUCAAAGUAGAAGAGGAUGAUGUCAAUGAUGAACGGGAUAAAGAAGAUACAUGAAACUUACUACAUAUCACACGGAUCACCAACCUUAUCCAUAGAUAAAACUAUGCCAGCUCGUCAUUUUCUUGAGUCAUUUCAACAGAAAGUUUAUCCGUCCGAUGCCCCUCGGCCUUCUUCAAUCCUAAUUAUAUCUGGUCACUGGGAGACAUCUUAUCCCACCGUUAACGUCGUAUCCGAUGGCCCUUCUGACACCAUUUACGAUUUCUAUAAUUUCCCCAAAUCCAUGUAUCAGCUCAAAUAUCCAGCACCUGGAGCCCCAAAACUGGCAAAGAGAGUCAAGGAACUGCUCAUGUCUUCCGGGUUUGACAGAGUCGAUGAGGAUAAGAAACGCGGGCUAGACCACGGGGCAUGGGUCCCGCUAAUGCUUAUGUAUCCCGAGGCUGAUAUUCCAGUGUGCCAAUUGUCUGUCCAAACCGACAAAGAUGCCACUUACCAUUACAACAUGGGUAAGGCAUUGGCACCCCUGAAAGACGAAGGGGUUCUCAUCGUUGGUUCGGGUGCCACCACUCACAACCUCAGAAUGUUGCGCAACACCACAUCGGUACAACCAUGGGCCCAAGAGUUUGAUACGUGGCUGAAAGAAGCACUAAUCGAAGGAAGGUAUGAGGAUGUUAACAACUACAAGGACAAGGCUCCACACGCAACCGUAGCUCACCCAUGGCCUGACCAUUUCUACCCGUUGCACGUUGCAAUGGGUGCAGGGGGUGCCACUUCCAAAGCUGAACUUAUUCACCAUAGCUGGGGUUUGUCGUCUCUGUCGUAUGCAUCGUAUAAAUUCACAGUACCAGCUUGAUGUCCGGUCUUGAAUCCAUGGUUAAUUCAUUCAAGAGAAGCAUGACUUGUCGAUAUAUAUAUAUGAUUGUACAAUAUCCAGUUUGUAACUGUGUGAAUCAGAUAAGUAGUACUUUAUUUGAACUUCAA